AUGACAAGCGACACAGAACUCAUCUCCAGACUUCGUGUUCUUAAGAAAUCUUACGAAGAAGAGUUGUUGACAAAGGAUGAAUACGAUGAAUAUCGUCUUAAAGAACUAGAUGAUUGGUCCAAUAACCAAGAAGAAGAGAGAUCAUUUUGGAGAAAUUUAUGGGAUAAAACAUGCAGAACUGGCAAUAGCGUCUUAAAAAGCAUGAUUAAGCCCAUUGUUGAUUUAUUGAUUCUUACUAAACUAAUAUCACCUUGA